AUGAAUAAUUUAUGUUUCGAUGAUAUUCUUUCUAAGAGGAUAAAAUUCGGAAAGGUCUAGAUUUAAACAUUUUUAAUCAUCAGCUUAUUAGAUAUCAUUGAUGGAUCUGAAUUCAUGUUUUUGCAAUUAAUGAACGCAAUAAUUUAUAAAGAGUGGUCUCUAAGUUUAGGAUAAUUGAUAGUUUUAACAACAAUUUUUAAUUUGGGUUAGUUUAUUGGGGCUAUGUUUUAUGGAUAAUUUUCUGAUUAAACAGGGCGUAAAUCAAUGAUAAUUUCCUCAUUAUUAUUGUUCAUAGCAACGUUCCUUACGGCAUUUGUCUAGGACUUACCAUAGUUACUAAUAUUACGGUUUCUAUUUGGAUUUUUAUUUGGCAUAACAUCACCUGUAUCCUCAAUAUUAAUGGCAGAAGUAACUCCUCUUCAUAUUCGAGGAUAAUUUAUUGUCACUUUAUAGAUGAUGUGUAUAGUUGGUAGAAUGUGGGUAUUGUUAUUGGCCAUCUUGUUUUUGGAUUCCAUAGCCUCAGGAAAUUGGAGAGCUCUUGCGAUUACAAAUAGUGUUCAGUCAAUUAUUUGUCUGAUCGGCAGUAUUAUAUACCUACAUGAAUCACCCCGAUUUCUUAUAUCUCAAGGGAAAAUCAAGGAAGGAGUAGAAGGAAUUAACUUCAUGGGUAGGAUGAAUGAUAAAGACUAUGUGGAUUUGUCAGAUGAGGAAGUAUAAUCCCUUUAAUAAUGGAGAAAGAUUAUAUUUGAAUAAUAAUAUGAAAAGAAGAGUUUUAAAGACUUGUUUAAUUAAGAGAAUUUGCCGAUAACUUGGAGGGCAUACUCAUUAAGUAUCAUAGCCAUGUUGAUGUAAUCUGGACUUUAUAUCAUAAUACCGUUUUUAUUUGAUGAAGAGGAAAAAACAUUGUUGGAUUUAUUCUAUACUGUAUUAAUUGAAAUUCCUGCUGUUUUAUUAGUAGUCUGUUUGAUAGACAGAAUUGGCAGAUUGCCAAUUAUACUUAUAGGAACAGUAACAUCUGCGAUUGCAAUUUUUAUAAUUUGGUAUUGGAAAGCCCGAUUUCUAUUGUUAGGUUUAGUAACCUUCAAAUUUUUUAAUCGAAUGAUUUUUAUCUCAUUCACUCCACUUGUUUUAGAGUCGUAUUCAACAGUAUAUAGAUCUUUGGGAACAGGAACAACAAUUGCCUUUGGUAGCGCAACAGGGUUCAUUUCUCCAGCUAUAAUACUACAUUUAUAUGAAAAAGAUAAUUAUAGUCCUUUUCUAGUUUCAUUCUUUAUUUUAAUUAUUAUGACAAUCAUUUUUGCAACGUACCCUAGAGAUUUAACAAGAAAACCACUUGAUAUUAAAUUUGAAAAGGAAGAUUGA